UGCAGAGCCCGCGUGUUUUCCGCGUGUCCUGUGCCCGGCAUGUGCCCCUGCAGGGGGAUCGCGGGCGCAGCCGCUGAGGUCAGGCCUGAGAGCACCGGCUCUGCUGUCCACAGUCAGCCGCUGUCACGAAGCUCGGGGACAGCAUCUGUGUGCCGCGGCCUCUGCCGGGCGCUCACAAGGCCCGUGUGCCCCAUGCCCUCCCAUGUCCCCCUGUGUCCCCCACGUCCCCCACAUGUCUCCGCACGUUCCCCCGGGAAUCUCUCCCCACCACCUACAGCCCGCAGUCUUUCCGCUGGCGAGGAGGGGGCAAGGAAGCCGGGCACGCCCUGCCCGGGUGCCGCUUGCUUUCGAGCCCAGGCCUGGUGCUGGCCGGGCCGCCGCAUGGAGCUCGGUCCUCACUUGUCAUCGCCACCUGGGAGUCCACCUGGCUUCCAAUAAAUCACACCCCGGACAGCAGCCCAGGGAUGUGGGCCCUGAUUUCCUCUCCACCGCCGAUAACAACAGACAAUUGAUUUCCUGUCCAAAGCUGGGUUCUCCAGCGAAAUUAAAAGAGUCAGAGAAGAGUCAGCGGGGCCGUGCGCGUGGGCACCGGCAGACUUCCCAGACGGAGAGUUCCCACACGUGCGCACACGUGGCCAGGCCUGCACGUUUGGAUGGCGAGGAAGAGAAGGAAGGGACUAGGUCUUCUGGUGCAAACGCGCAGACUCCAGGACACGCACCUGUCUUCCCUCCGCCCUCCCUCUGCUACCGCCUGGGGUCCACACUGUGUGCUGGCCGGCCUGUCCCCGGGGGUGCAGCGAGUGGCCCCGGGUUUUCGCCUCCACGGUGGUCACCGUCAUCCCACAGACAGGGCGCCUCCAUGUGGGGAGAGGGAGAGGGUCGAGCGCUUCCAGAGCAGGGGUGUUGGGGGAGGCCGAGGGAGAAGGCAGUGUGUCCGUGGGCAGGACCCGGGCCACGAGGCCUGGGGGCUUCUUCCCACCUCCCCCCGGAAGGAGAGCUCGGCCCCUCCCCGGCCUCUGAUGCCCGGGCUCUGGAGCACAGCAAGCCCAGGGCUGGAUGCUGGGCCGCCUGUGUGGUUUCGGUUUUCUCACCUGUACGCCGGGGACACGGGCACGGUUGGUCUUUGGGAUGAGACAGCCUAUGGAGCACCCGGCAUGGGAUCAUCCGUGUCCCUCUGUCACAGCCGCGCAGGCCGUGGCGGGAAGACGGAGGGAGCUGUGGAGUGCAGAAGGCACUAGAAGCAAACCAUGCCCACAUCUCACUUUCGCGAUGGAGAGACCGUGGCCAGUUGCUCCCGUCUGGUGAUUUUUACAAAUCCUUCGAGUCCCGCCUGAGGGCCCGGCUCCCCCCAAGUCACUGGUCUGGCACCGUCCCUACUGUCUGGGAUGUCCUUGCCGCUGGGCUCAGCUUCUCCUAGAUGGAUCCCAGUGGUGCUCGAUCGAUGCUCAGGGUUCCUCCAGCCCCUCGGAGGGCCUGGGUUCCGGCCAAGCCGAUCCUUCUUCCUGCUGCCUUCUCCCUGGGAACUGUGGGGCGGCUUCUCGGUGUCCCUGAUCCCCUGCCCACAACUGCAGGGAGCUAUGGGCGCGGCAGCCGCAGGGCGUCCCCGGUGUGAUCUGACAGUGCGGACCCCCGGCUCCCCGGGAAGCAGCGGCGGCUUUGCACACAGCGAGGCGGCGACCCCCGAGGCACAGCACGUGCAGCAUCUUGGGUCCAGGUAGAUGCACAUUUCAGACGAGAUGUGUGCUCUUUGGUGUUCGUGCGGGUUUUGUAGCUGUAACAAGGAGACUCGGUCCCCCAGAAAAUAUUUUUUUAAUGUAAAAAAGUGAUUGAUUGGAGACAUUUCAGUUUCCUGUUUUUGUUUUCUGAAGGUUCCUAUAAAGAUGGAGAAUGUAGGAAUUCCUGAUCUGAUGCCAGAGAUUAUUUUUGCCCUGACCUGCUUAUUUUCACUUUUAAGCUUGUAUAAUGCUCUGUCCUCUCCUAUUUAACUCAAACAUGCACCAAGCUCUCACGGCUGAUGAGGGCUUGUCGCUAGACUCGCCCUUCUCCUAGCUGUCCGCGGUCUGUGUUUACUCGUCCC